AGUUUGGACUUUGCCAAUCACACUAACAAAGUCUCGAGUCCAAACUUCCGAACCCACUCUCUGACAGACCAAGAUUGCCGCCAACUCGUUUGCUACCGCCUCACUCCGCUUCCAAUGGCCGCCAACAAUCCUUCGCAGCUACUCCCAUCAGAGUUGAUCGACCGGUGCAUAGGCUCGAAGAUAUGGGUGAUAAUGAAGGGUGACAAGGAGCUCGUAGGGACUCUGAGGGGUUUCGAUGUCUACGUCAACAUGGUACUCGAAGACGUCACCGAAUAUGAGAUUACUCCUGAAGGAAGACGUAUAACCAAGCUUGAUCAGAUUUUACUCAAUGGAAACAAUAUUGCCAUUCUGGUCCCUGGCGGCUCACCUGAAGCGGAAUGAGAGGGAACUCCGCACUCCGUUAUUGAAUGUUUGCAUUACCUAUGGUUCAGGGGAGAUCGUUUAUCUUUUUCAUCGAGAACUGGGCCCCCCUGGAUGCCCUUUAUUUGCUCCACCCAGCACUCGUUGUUCUUCGUAGGUGACAUGGUUGUAGGAUAGUUAAGGAUAUGGUGGAUUAUGUUUCUUCUAGUCUGGAGUGGUAUUGAUUUUCCGAAUACAUUGACACAAGCCGGGCUUUAUUCUGUAUUGUUCACAUAUGUAAUGGGACUCCAGUAACAUUCUGCAAUUGAUGCAACAAUUCCAUUGCAUUGUUUCCUCAA